UGGGCUUUUAUUUUGAAAAAAUUGCAGAAAUGACGACCGGAAGUUGCAUCUUUGUUAUUUAAAGCCUCUUUCAGUAAACAGAUUUAUGAUUCCACCUGACCUCCUGUUAUCUCCGGAUGUCAUCCAGAACUCAAGGAGCCCCAUAACACUGCUGAGUCCUCCCCAGAGAGGAAUACACGCAACACUGAACACAACUUCAUGGUUCACAGCGACUACAGCAGCACAGAGCAUCAGCAGCAGGACACUGAGCACUGAGCAUCGCACUUUGAAGAAGACCGGGUCAUGGCGGUGUCUCAGGUGUCUCCGGUUCUGUACCUCAGUGGGUUGGACUCGGCCCUGAAUGCCGGUGUCCUCUCCAGCAGGAGCAUCACGCUGAUCGUUAACGCCAGCGGUCUGGAGGACGUGUCCUACCCACCGCUGGACGGCCUGAGCAUCCUCCACGUCCCCGUCCAGGACCGUCCUCACGCCCCUCUCAGACGGUACUUUGACCUGGUGGCUGAACGGAUCAACCAGAACCAAACGGGGAGGACUCUGGUCCACUGCACCGCCGGCCGGAGCCGAUCCCCCGCCCUGAUCAUGGCCUACCUGAUGAGGUUUGAGGGUCUCAGCCUGCGGCGGGCCCAUGAAGUGGUUCUGGAUCAGCGUCCGUUCAUCCUGCCCAACGCGGGGUUCUGGCGCCAGCUGAUGGAGUACGAGCGCUCGCUGUUCGGCUGCAACAGCGUCCGGAUGGCGAGGACGUCUGCCGGCGUUCUGCCUGAAGCUCUGCAGGACGACGAGGCCGCGUACUGCCUCAACGUCUGACUCAGCAAAACACCACGGCCUCCCUGUCUCACUCUCUCUGUCUCCCUCUCUCUCUCCCUACCUGU